CCGUGCAGACGAGGCUGAGGAAGGGGAACAACUCCGCCGCCGCCGCCGCGCGUCUUCUUCUCCGACCUCUUCUUGCAGCCUGUUGGGAGUCUCGGCCGACUCCCUUCUUCUCUGCCACCAGCGCGAGAUGGACCUGGGCGCCGCGCUUGCCCCGGGAGGCAGCGGCGCUGUUGUGGGGGAGUCCUCCUCCUCCUCCUCCUCCUCGAGAGCUCUUGUUCCUGCUGGGGCCGCUGCCGCCCUGGAGCGCUGACUGGCGCCCGCCGCUUCCCGAGGGAGGAGGGCUGGCUGGGCGUGUGUGGCUCUCCCCUUCCUCCUCCGCCGCCGCGCGAAGGGGAGGUCUCGUUCGCUGCUGCUGGGCACCCCGCGCGGCCGUCCCCGGGGAAGAAGAUGUCGGAUACCAAGGUGAAAGUGGCCGUCCGAGUCCGGCCCAUGAACAGGAGAGAGCUGGACUUGAAUACCAAGUGCAUUGUGGAGAUGGAAGGGAAUCAAACAGUGCUGCAUCCCCCGCCUUCAAACAAGCAGGGAGAAAACAGGUAUAAAGGACAAAUCCAAAACCUACAUUCUGAGUUUGCAUACGUAGAAAUGUUUGUGCUUUUUGUUAAGGAAAGAACUGCAAUUUCUAUAACUUGGCUCAGCUGA